CACGCACUUUUGACGCCAGCUCAUCCUGCCAAGCAGUCACAGCUCUGAGUAUAAUUGUGCCAAGCAAGUUUUGCAAUUAUGGAAAAUCAACGCUGCAACAAUAAUCAGAAUCAUCGUCGUGGUGUUCGUCCCAGUGUGGGUUAUCUCCUCUUUCAAUAUCAGAGCGAACUGACUCGUCGCCAUGCGGAACCAAGUCGUCUAUCCCGCACCAAAAUCCACAUCAUUGAUAAUCUCGUCUCGAGAACAAUCCGCCAGCUGAAACAUUGCAGCGUUGAGGAACUGCAGGCCUGCAAGCGGGAACUCGUCUACAAGGAACAGUUGCGUGAUGAACUGCGCACCUUGCGGCGACGCAAGUGCAACACUGCUUCCAGUUCCAGUGCCACAUCCAGCUGCAGUUCCAGUUCCCCCUCGCCGGCGCCAGUUCAACCAGCUCCUCGCACGCCGCCCAAGCCAAGAGCGUUGAUUGAGUCAAAGGUGUCCAUCUUUGGACCCGAAAUAUUUGUCUAGCAGAAUAUGGGAUAUAUCUA